GAGGCCCUAAACUCUUGGAGCUGGAGUUGCUGUGCGAUCGAGCGAUUUACAAGACGGGGCGACCACGGCAACAAACUUGCCCGAUUUACCUUAGGAGACUAGCUAGCUAGCAACGAUUUACCAGUUUAUAUGUGGAUUUUACCUUGCUAUACGUGGAACAGGAGGCAGAGACGUCAACCCAGGAGUUACUUAAAUAUUUGAGUGCGUUUCUUGGGAAUCAAAUCAUAAACUUUGGAAGUUUGGAGACUGUUUUUGGCGCUCCGGGGACACGGGAGAGUUGAGGGGAGACGGAUUAUAGUGUGGGAUCGUGUUUUUUUGAGUCAGAGGAGAAGGUAUUUAAUCACAAUCCUUACACAAAUCACGGGAUUCUGGACUCUACUUCUUACAGACGGACGCCUUCCUUUCCUCGAUCUCUGCGACGCUGUAUGGAGGUACGCAUGGCCAGGUGUCAAGCGACCAUGACAUUGUGAAGCAUGUCCACUGGCCAGGCGCUGGGGAGGGAACCAGGAAUGUUGACGGCCAGACCUAGUGAUCAAAUGGUCUUCUAAAGAAGCCAUGGGUAGCUGCUGUAGCUGUCCUGACAAAGAGUCAAUCCCAGAUAACCACCAAAGCAAAUUUAAGGUGAUCAAUGUGGACGAUGACGGGAACGAACUGGGCUCGGGCGUGAUGGAGCUGACGGAGGAGGAGCUGAUCCUGCACACCCGCAAGCGUGACGCCGUCAAGUGGCCCUACCUCUGCCUGCGCCGCUACGGCUACGACUCCAACCUCUUCUCCUUCGAGAGCGGCCGCCGCUGCCAGACCGGGCAAGGUAUUUUCGCCUUCAAGUGCGCUCGGGCUGAGGAGAUCUUCAACAUGCUGCAGGACAUCAUGCACAACAACAGCAUCAGCGUGGUGGAGGAGCCUGUGCUGGAGCCCGCCCAGGGGGCGACGGAGGGCGAGCUGCCCCGCACACCCCGCACGCCCACCACUCCAGGUUACUCCGCUCCAGUUUUACCCAACGGCAUCCCGCGGUACCCUUCCUUUGGUGACGCCUCCUCGCGGCCCUCCAGCCGGCAUCCGUCUGUGGGGAGCACCCGCCUGCCCUCCGUGGGGGAAGAGUCCACGCAUCCACUUCUGGUUGCUGAUGAGCUGGUACACACUUACGUGAACACCACGGGGAUGCAGGAGGACCGGCGCAGUCGGGGCAGUGCACACGCCCCCUUAGAGCUGCGGCUGUCCAACCCUGAGGCUGCGGCCCCGCCGGACCUGCCGGAGCCACGGGUCCUGCUGGAGUCCGCGGGGGUCAAAUUCGUGCUGGGCCCCACACCUGUGCAGAGGCAGCUCAUGGCCAAGGAGAGGCAGAGGGAGGCGGCGGGGUUGCUGGAGCAAGGGGGCGGGGCCCGGGAGCCCGCGGCCACGCCCGCUCCGCCCCCCGGGAGCCUCAACGGGCAGCCGGGCGACGGCGACACGGGCUACGACAGCGACGAACGCAAGGAGGCCGCGCCGGGGGGCAAGCCGACCUACGAGCACGUCAACGGCACCGGCCCCGCCCCGGCGCCCGCCCCCCGCCGUGUACGCCCGCCCAUCCCCACCCCCGACGCCCAGAACGCCAACAACUCCGCCCAGAGGAGGACGGCCCUGCUCAACUACGAGAACCUCCCCGCCCUGCCCCCUGUCUGGGAGGCCCCGAAGCCAAGCUCCGGGGGCGAGGAGGAAGAGGAGGAGGAGGAUGACGAGGACACCUUCAGCCCAAAGACACCGUCCCUCAACGGCUACCACCACCCGCACCCGCUCCACCUCCACCUCCUUCACCACCACGCGCUGGACCCCGCGCACAACUACGUCAACACCGAGAACGUGACGGUGCCGCUCAGCGCCCACAAACUGGACUCGGGCCGGCGGCGGGACUGCACGGCCCCCACAACGGUCUUCAACUUCGACUUCCGGCGGCCCGGCCUUCCCGAGCCCCCGCGGCAGCUCAACUACAUUGAGGUGGAGAUGGAGAAGGAGAAGGGCUCGGACUCCAGCGGGCCCCAGACGCCCAAGACCCCCACCACCCCCCUCCCCCAGACCCCCACCCGCAGGACAGAGCUGUACGCGGUCAUCGACAUUGAGCGCACAGCCGCCAUGUCCAGCCUGCAGAAAGCACUGCCCCGCGACGACGGUACCUCCAGGAAAACACGACACAAUAGUACUGACCUGCCUAUGUGA